UAUGUACUAGACAUAGAAAAGGAAGUAACCUCAAAUGAAUAAAAUAACAAGUGGAUAUUCUUAUUAGAAAAUGAUAUCUUUAACCCAAAGAUUUUCUCUGUCGCCCCUUAUAAAAUUAUGGGAAAAGCCAAUUCUGUGCACAUCUAGUCGAAACUAUGCUGCUAGGAGGGGUACGCGAGAAAGGAAGAACAAAAAAAAAGUUAAAGUAGUUGUCGAAAAAGUCGGUUUUAUACCUCACAACCAAAGAAACCGGGAGAAGUUAUUGAAAGGAAGACCCUCUAAAAAAUUCGACGAUUCUUGGAUGCGAACACCCACAGAUGAAAUUUACUGCACGAAAUAUUAUAAAUGGAAGGUUUAUCCCUUUGAGGAAGCCAUUUAUUGUCAUCGUGAGACACAUCACCCAGAAAUGUACAACAAACCAAAUGCCCCUGUGCAAGCUAUUAUUGAACUGUAUAUGCAGGGCGAGAAAAAGACCAGAUUCAUUGAAGAUUUCAAUAGAAUAUGUGGUAUUAAUCAUUAUUUCCCUCAAAAUGAAGAAAGACCUAUUGUAGCAUUCGCAAAAGAUAUUGAUGCGCAGGAAGCUGCAAAAGAAGCAGGGGCGCUCUUGGCAGGAGGAGUAGACUUGAUUAAAAAUAUACAGAAUGGUAAAGUUUUAUUGAAUGAUUUUGAGUUUGUCAUAUCGCAUCCAGAUAUCCUACAUGAAUUGAGUGCUCUUAGAGGUUUGAUGAAGAAAAAAUAUCCAAAUUACAAACUGGGAACCAUAGACCUCAACUUAAGUGAAGUCGUUAAAAGGUUUAUGCAUGGCAUUAAUUAUAAGGCGGUGAAAGACGAAUAUGAAAGAGAUUUUGGAAUCAUUGAAGCAACAAUUGGAACUUUAGACAUGGAGGCUAAACAUUUAGAAGAAAAUUUCAGCUCCUUGAUCAAGGAUGUUAUGACCAUGAAACCUAAAAGAGCAGGUGACUUCAUCUUAAGGACUCUGAUUAAGAGUCCUCCCUCAUCUGAAAUAUUCAAGGUAGAUUUCAAACUCUACCUACCACAGAGUGAUUCUAAAGAGAAGGAAAUUGUAGAAGAAAAAGAAGAUGACACAAAUAUGGUUCUUUAAAUAUGUAAUUUUAUCUUCAAUAGAUAUUGUUCAUGAA